AUGUCAGAUGGCUCAGAGAGUCCUAUCUCUCCAUACAGCUCCAUUACAGGAGGCCGGGAUAGAAGAAAGGGUCACAAGAUCUCCGCUGGGGAUGCCGAGUUCCCGCCGGAGUACCACACCCUGGGCCACGGUGGCACGCGUCGUUUCCCUGACAACAACAACGGGGGGCAGGCGCCCACCUCGGGGGAGCGCCAACGCCACAACGACAUCGCUGCCAAGAGCCUGGAGGCCCUUACGAACCUUCACAAGGCUGACAUAGAGCGCCAGCGCGAAGCCUUCAUGGACCUCCAGAAGAAUCAGAAGUACCCGGCCAGCCCCUGUAUGUCUCAGGACCAGGGCUCACCUAACUGUGGCCGCCAACAGCAGGCCCGUACCCCCCGUGUGAUCCGGCCCAACCCCAACCAGCCGGCUCUAGCCGACCAGGCCAGCAGAGUAUCCUUUGCCUCGGCUGAGAGUCUGGAAACCAUGUCUGAGGCUGAAGUUCCCCUCGGGUUCAACCGCAUGAACCGUCUCCGCCAGAGCCUGCCCCUGGCGCGCUCAUCCAGCCAGGCCAAGCUCCGCGCGCCAGGCAUUCUCUUCCUCCAGCUGGGGGAGGAGAUGAGGAGGGUGCACCUGACCCAUGAACUGACCAGCCUGGAGACCCUGAGGGCCCUCAUCGUCCACAUGUUCCCCCAGAGGCUCACCAUGGCAAUGCUCAGGUGCCCCAGCACGGCCCUGCUCAUCAAGGAUGAGGCCCGUAACGUCUUCUAUGAGCUGGAGGACCCCCGAGACGUCCAGGACCGCUGUGUCAUCAAGAUCUACUGCAAGGAGACUGUCUACGGCACCUACCCCAGUCACCACAACCCACACCUGGCCAACGGAGACCUCCGGAGGGAUAUGGUGUACACGCCCCAGCAGGAUUCCCCGCCCAACCGUCGCCUCAGCAACACCCCUGCCUCCUCCGCCUCUGCCCCCUCCGGCUCGCCGUCCCGCAUCCGUCUCCUCUACAGUGGGGGCCGCCCAUCCUCUUACGCUGGGCAACCUCACCCCCAGCAUCAUCCCCAAACCCACUCUCUCCCCCACCCCCACCAUUCCUCGCCAGGUUUCUCCCCCAGUGCCAUCCUGGAGCGUAGGGAUGUUAAGCCCGAUGAGGAGGUCCAUGGCACUGGCUCCAGGAGCAUGGUGCUCCUGCGGGGCGAUGCAGGGGGGAUCUAUGCCGACCCCUAUUCCCUGGGCCAGGAAGGAGGCCGCCUCAGCCUGGCGGGCCCCCACUCAUCUCUACCCCCGAGAGGGGACGCCUACGGCUCUCUCUACCGGCGUGGAGGAGGCGGAGGGGGCGGAGGAGGGUUGGGACCCGGAUCCGUGCGCUCCCUCACUUCCUACUCGGCGGCGGCGCUGCAAGGAGAGCUGAUGGACAGUGGCGUCCUCUACAGGCCUGGAGGCCCACUGUAUAAUGAUGCAGCCUACGCCGCGUCCAUGUUGGCCAUGGGCUUCCGGGUGCCACCCCCCUCGUCUCCGCAGAAAAUCCCCGACAUGAGGGACUCGUAUUCAGGCACCAUGCCCGGCCGGGGCUCCCCUGGGAGGCAGACCCUGCGGAGGGACUCAGUAUCCUCCUCCAUGUUCGGGGAGAGUCCCAAAGCUAGGGGUCAGGGGUCAGGGUUGGGGUCUGAUCAGCUGUGCUUAAUGGCUGGACCUGGAGGGGAGGGCGGUGGUUUCAGUUCAGCACCAGGUUUCAGUUCACCUCUACCAGGCAAUGAGACAGAGACCAGGGGGCGCAUGGAGGCCAUGGAGAAACAGAUAGCCAGUCUGACUGGUCUACUGCAGACUGUUCUGACCAGGGGACCAGAGGCCGAGAGCCCUUGGGCUCAGCUCAACGGCCGGGUCUCGCUUUUGCUGCAUAGCGAGUUUAGAAGGGCCCUGACACCGUCGGCUCCGUUGGCCCUGAUGCCGCCACCACUCGUCGGGUCCUCCCAGCCACUGACGGUGUCGCGGCUGCAGAUGCAGAUCCACCUGCAUGGCCUGCAGCAGAACACCAGCGAGCUGCGCAAACAACUGUCCCAGCUGCGCAACAUCCAGUUGGAGAACCAGGACUCAGUACAGUCCCUGCUGAGGCAGACCGAGUCGGAGCUGAGCCUUAUGAUGCUGGAUGCCAUGCGGACCCAGGAGGACCCUUUGCAGAGGCAGCGCCUCCUAGUGGAGGAGGAGAGACUCAAGUACCUCAACCAGGAAGAGCUGCUCAUCCAGCAACUGCAUGAUCUGGAGAAGUCAGUGGAGGAACUGCAGAGGAACUCGUCAGUCAACCACGGCCUGGUGACUGAGCAGGAAGUGGAGCAGAAGAGUAUGGAGCUAAGGUCUUUGGGAGAGACCCUCACAGAGCUCAAGAACCAGUUCCCCAGUCUGCAGAGUAAGAUGCGCGUGGUGUUGAGGGUGGAAGUGGAGGCUGUGAAGUUCCUGAAGGAGGAGCCACACAGACUGGACUCACUGCUGAAACGCUGUAACACCAUGACCGACACACUGACCACACUACGCAGGAAAGUGACCGAGGGCCUGUGGAAAGGCCAGAAUGACAUCUCCAGCCAGUCAGCCAAGCGAACUGAGCACACAGGAAAGAGCUUGGACCUCGACAUACUGACCAGUCCACCGCUCAGCCUCAAUGACCUGGGUGGUAGUGCCAGCCUUGCCAACUGGAUGCCCGUAUCAGGCAGUGACCCAGACGCUUCGGGAACUGAGCAGGACCCCCACCCUACGGCCAGCUACAGAAGCCGGGUCCUGGACGAGCUGCCAAGCCGCCGCGGUGUUGGCAAAUCAGUGUCUGCGGAGGUCAGACUGGCUGCAGAGCGGGACUGGGAGGAGAAGCGAGCAAGUCUGACCCAGUUUAGUGCCCAGGACAUCAACCGUCUGCUGGAGGAGACCCAGGCUGAGCUGAUGAAGGCCAUCCCAGACCUAGACUUUGCUGCCAGGCAGAUUAACAAGCCUGCUGUGCCCCCCAAACCCCACCCCAAACCUCAGUUUACCACCCCCAUCACUACCACCACCACCACCUCCACCACCACUAGCACAACCACCACUACCAGUACUGAGCACCAGCCCAACAUGGUGCAGGUCACUGCCCAGAAGCUGGAGGGGGGCUCACGUUGCGGAUCUGCAGAGCUGACCGUUACCAGGUAUCGCACUGAGAAACCCUCUAAGUCUCCGCCUCCACCCCCUCCUCGCCGCAGCUUCCCAUCAGCCCAUGGGCUCACCACCAAUAGCACCGGAGAAGUGAUCGUCACCACCAAGAAGACAUGUCGGCCAACCCUGUUUUGUUUUUAUAAGAAGCUGGAGCCAGAAGACGGAGAGGCUCCGAAGACUCUGGUCAAGCUGAGAAGGACACCGUCUGACACCCCCCGCCCCACCUCCACUCCCCCCGUCAUCGCCGCCUCGGCGAUUAAAGACGAGGACGACGAAAAGAGGAUCAUUGCUGAACUAGAGAUCAAAACAAGACACAUCUCACUAGGGAAGCUGUCAAAACAGAGGUGGUACAACCGCUUUCAGAAUGCAAGCAACUCACCAGGGGGAUCCAAGGGAGCCCAGUCAACUGUAGCGGCUAGACUGAAGAGCCUCCAGCAAGGCAGCCUCGAGAGGCCCAAGACCAGGAAGCAGAGAGAGGACUUCCCCAAGAUCCAGGGCCAGCAGCAGGUAUUCCACUUCUAG